CUCUCCUCAUCCUCUCAUCUUUCUCUCUCUAACAAUUUGAAAAGCUUAAACCCUCCUCUAUUAUCUCUUUCUGUCUCUCUUCUUCAAAAAAAUGGCGGAAACAACAACAGCGUCGCCAUUGAAGCGUCACAGAGAAGAAGAUGAAAAAGAAACCAUAGUUACAGAAGAAACAAAACGACAGAAACCCUCUUCUUCUUCUUCUUCCUGCUCUUCUUCGUCAUCUUCCUCGUAUGAUCAGAUCCUUUGUCUUCUCGAAGACUCAGAGGAACGAGACGAACCCGACAGUGAUUUGACCUCUCUCAUCACCACCCUCCAGCAAGAAAUCUAUCCCGACGAGGAAAACGCCGUCGUUUUUGAAUCCGUUAACGUCGAAGAGAAGCCCGCGCUCUCUUCUUGUUCUUCCUCGUCGUUUUCCUCGUCUUCAUGCACGUCGAAGGAAGACGACGACGAGGGUAACAAGGAUAACGUCAUGAGACACCUUCUAGAAGCUUCUGACGACGAGCUUGGGAUUCCUAGCACAGAUUUUGGCGGGAGUAGUUGCGGAACGACUAAUAACGAUACUAAUCAAGAUUGCGUUACCGGUGGAAAUUUAUUAGAUGGGUUUAGCGAUGCGUUGUGGGAGCUUGAAGACGAAGCUGCUAAUUAUUACACGUUGCUGCAGUCUGAACUCUUCAUGUAGAAAACCCUAAGGGUAUAUUAGGGAGACGAAGAAAAUCGCUAAUAUGAUAUAUUUAAAACGAAAAAGAUGGGUUUUUUUUUUAAUGGAAAAUUUUCAUUUUUAGCGACCCUUCUUUUUCGGUAUGCAAAUUAAAUACAAAUGUCCUCUUUUUUAUUCAUCUUAGUGUUAUAGCAAAUACUAUUUGGUUUAUUGAUUUGUAGUGGAGCCGAAAGAUAAUGAUAUGUUAUUUUUUUUGCCAUAGAGUUAUUUCGUUUA